CUCUCUCUGCCCCUCCCCAGUUCAUGCUCUGUCUCUCUCUGUUUCAAAAAUAAAUAAAACGUUAAAAAAAAAAUUGAAGCAAUUCUGAUAUUAAUAUGUACCAGUGGCCCAAGGUAAUGAUUUUCAAGAACAUUUGGGUUGGAAGAAUUAUAACUACUGAGACAUAGCAAACACAUUAAUGCUGAUUUUUAUUGCUUUUUAGUCUGAUUUGUUAUCUGUUCAGAAACUAUGCUUUGUUCAGCAUUUGGCUUUUAUAGAACUAGAAAAUGCAUUAUUUAAAAUUAGAGAAGUGAGGGGCGCCUGGGUGCUCAGUCAGUUAAGUGACCCAACUCUUGAUUUUGUCUCAGGUCAUGAUCUCAUGGUUCAGGAAUUGGAUUCCCACAUUGGGCUUUGCACUGACAGUGCGGAGCCUGCUUGGGAUUCUUCUGUCUCUCUGACCCUCUACCACUUGUUCUUUCACUCUCAAAAAAAAAAAAAAAAAAAAAAAAAUAGAGAAGUGAUUUAAAGGUGGUCUCAAAUAUAAUCCACGAAUCUUCAGAUGGAGAGAAUAUUCUCAAUAGUUUAAUCUUUUAAAUGAGAUUUAUUUUUCCACUUAUCUUUAUAUAUAGCUCUAUUUUAAUUAUGGGUAGACCUCAUUUUUAAAGAAAAUACAGUAUUUUAAAACUUUACAUUAGCUUUGCAUAUAGUGUAUAGCACAUUUGACUGUUUACUAUACACAUAGAAUGUAUUUAUUUGCAUGUGUGUGUAGGUGAUUGAAUGAGUGAAAAAUGCUUCAUAUAACUGCACAGUGUAGGGGAAAGUGGAAGCAUGGUGUGCCUUUUUAUUGUUCCUUCAGUUUCACUGAUUCUAAUUAUAGAAGCUUACAUCACCUUGGUGAUGAAGGCUUCCCUCUCCUUUGCUUUUUCUUCCUUGAUCACUCCCUAAGGAAGGAUCAUAUUUCAUAGUGCUUAUGUGUCCUGCUGGUAGCUUUAACAGAGUUUUCAGCAGCAUGGUGCUGACCAUUUAGUGGACAUAGAUGAUCGUGUGCUGAAGCACACUUUUCUUAUAAAAGAAUAGGAGGAGAGUGUUGAUACUCUGGCUUCCCUAUUUUCAGAAAGGCUGACGAAUAGAUAGAAUGCAAUUUGAAAUCAGGAAUUCCUGAGGGGCACCAGUAAUCAGAGUUAACUAUGUCUGGUAACUUAAUGAAGAUUCAUUUCAAAUGUUCAAGUUAAGCAAGGGAUGAGGAAGAGGUGGGAAAGCUUGCUGUGAUCUUUUAAAAGGGCUUGUAUGUUACCUCUGCCAUUACGGUAAACGGUCAUUCAUCUUCCAAAAGGAUUAAAGUGUUUUUACUAUAUAAAUCCAUACAUUUAGCAAUUUAUAUUUUGAAGACCAAAUACAUAAAACUGAAAUACAGAAAUGAGUGGCCUGUUUAUUUUAUUUUGUGAAACUCCAUAAUUUUUCUUUUGUUCGCAUGCUUUUGAGGUCGGUUUCUCUUAAGUUGUGAUUGCAAUAUUUCAAUGUGCAAAUGGGAAAUAAACGGUAUGACUUUGCCUGACAUUACUAUGACCAGGUUUUUCUUAUUGUUGUUUUUUUGUUUUUAUGUCUGGAACGUAUAUUCUCUGAUAACUUACCUUUAUCCCUAAUGACCUUUUUUCUCCUCCUUUUCAGUGUUGUUGCUUAUUAAGUACAAAGUAUACUUCUAGUUUAGCAUCUAUCAGAACUUCAUUUUUGGCUUUCUAUGCAAUAUGAGUUCAGAUGUUUUGGUUUGUAUUUUUGUUUAGAUAUAGUUUAUACAGUUAACAUACAUUUUAUAUCUUAGCUAUAUAGCAUCUAGAUUUUUAUAAAAAUAACUUUGUAAUGCUUUGAAGCUUUUAAAGCCAAUAUAGGUUGAUUGCUUUAUUUUAUGGUGGUGCAGAGGAUACUCCUGAAGCUAAAGAUUUCAUCUUAUGUGGCUUAGCAUUAUGGCGUUUGAUGUACAGGGGAAAUGUAUUCUUAAAUGGCUAUCCUGUGGUGAUGAUUCCUAGAUAAUGUGUAGAUCAGGGCAUUCUCCUUGCUGCAAUUACUUCAUUUGAAUUGGUAAGAUAAUGGAAUGAGAUCACAAUAAAAUUCUAAAAAUGAUGGAAGUGAAAAAAAUGUUCUAUCACCUGAUCAUAUUUUUAGUGAUUUGACAAAUUACUGACUAUUCUCUUCAAAAGAUGUUUAUUUCUUCCUUCAUUAAUUAAGAGGUCAUGUUGUUCUUUCUGAAGAAGUAAUGUGGUCUGGUGUACCAUCAGAGUGCUGGUGGAUUCAUAGCUGAAUAUAGGACUUGGCCUAUUUGUUUCUUUCAUGGUAUUGUUGCACAGGGAGAGUCUGCAUGCACGAUUCGCCAUAGGGUUCCCUAGAAGGGCACAUAGUAUGAGAUGAUGUGUAGAACAAGGAAAAGGGUGAUGUCAUCUUCACUUCCAGGCCACACUGAAGGAAAAGAGAAUUGUUGCUUUAUUGAAUUGGUGUUUACAAUAGUGGUUUCUAACAUAUGGCUUUUAGUGGAUUGCAUUUCACACACAGGGCAGCAGUUUCUUUAAGCAGCUAAGAGAUAGCUCUCCCUUGCUCAGCUUGAGGUCCUUCUUUGUGUGCUAUCAGCAUGAUUUAUUAUAAAAAGGGGGAAACUUGACCAUUAUGAUUUUAUUUUUGAUUUGGUAAUAAUUUAUCCUGUUGGUACUGUACAUGAAUGUAAUUAUUAUCUCCCACUGAAACUAAAAUACUCUUUUAAGUCAUGUUACAGAUGUUUAUGUACAAAGGCUUGUCUUUUAGAAAUUUAUCUUUAGGAAUUGUUGGGCUUCAUUUACAUACAGUGCCUGCUAUCAUUUUUCUGUUUUAAAAUAUGAGUGAUUAAAAUUAGAUUUUAGCUAAUUUAUUCUUGAAUGCUUAAUGUUAUGGUGAAAAUCCCAACUCAUUGUAGUUUAUUUAAAAUAAUUGAAAAAAAUACAUUGGUGUUUGAAAAUCAGCCUCUAUAUAUUUUCCAUGUUUUAUGUUUAGAAAGCUACUCAUGCUCAUUUGUACUUUUGAAAUUUAAUUUUACAUUUAAACGCAAAAUGUUUACAUCUAUUCCUUUGAAAUUUUUGCAGAAAACAUAAUUCUUAAGUUUUAUAGAAAUCUUGAUUCAUAAGUGAUCACAUAUUUUGAAAGCAUGAGUUGUCUUUGUUCAGAAUAAUAUUUAGCUUUACUAAAGUUAAUUGUAGUUUUGUAAGUAACAGCAUAAUUCAGAUUGGCAGCAUAGUAUUGUUGAGAAAGUGACUCAUACUUUGCCCAGAGGUAUUGAAGUCCUCUUUUUUGGGGUAUGGGGGGGUGUGUGCUAAUGACAAGAUGUUUCUUUGACAGUGGAGUCCUUUGUAGUAACACCUAUCUCUCAGGUUAUAAUUUCUUCUCUUACGUUGCAUACCCCUUGUCUUCAUAAUAGUGUUAGGUUAAUAAAGCAAAAUAAUUGUACUCCUCUGCUUUGUUCAUCAGUUGUAAGUGUCAGAAUUUUAUUGUCUGAAGGUGUACCAAGCAUUUUACCGUUGGAAACUGUGUCUUUUUUUCGCCAUUGGGAGGCAACAUUACCACCUUAAGUGCAAGCUCCUCAUAGGAGUAUCUGCAGUAGAUGCCUUGUGGCAGAACUGUGAAGAGUAAGGGUGGGUACUAGAGGAAUUGUGUUUUUAGAUUGGACAGGGUGUGGCAAAAAUUUUUUUUCUGUAAUUUUUAAAGCAAAAUGAGGUUAAUUUUUCGUCCAAGCUCAAUUUUUAAAGCAGUUAUAAUUUCAUUCUUCUCUUAUGCUUCUGAGUUUUACUGGCUUCCUGUGUCUUUCUAGGAAUUGAGCACUGGGCUGCAGGAAAGUACCAUAUUGCAUAGAUUAUUCUUCCUCAGAGGAGUUGGUACAUGCUGCAAGUCGGCUGUUGUGCCUGUGAUGUAAAAGCUUUCCUUUGCAAAAUGCAAUUCUAUUGUUUCCACUUAAAUGUACUAAUUACAGAAAACCUUAGUGCUAGUUUUGAUAUUUGAUGUUAAUUUAGAGUAUCUUGAAGGUUAUACGUUUUAGAACAGUUAAUUGAUAAAUGGGAAGUUUUGCAGGCAGAAAUCCCUGAAUGAGUAGUGUAACAAAUACAUGUGUGAUAUCUGAGAACUGAGCUGCCUUAUGUAUUUGUAAUGCAAGUAUCUUACCAGAGCUAAUUAUUUUCCCUUGGGAGGACAAUCCUGUGCUAAAUUUGAAUAAUAAUAUUAGGAAAUCUGCUUCCCAAAUAAAGCUAUGUAUCAAUGUACAGAAUUAAAAAUCAAGAUGGAUUUUUUAAAACUGAAAUAGAGAGGUGCUGCUUGCCAAUUUUUUUUUUUUCUUAUAGAAUGUAGCUUGCUGACGUGUCUCAUGGAAGGGUGUGUGUGUGUCUGUGUGUUCUCAGUAAAUUGCUUUUUGGGCUACAUCUGCAGAUACAGUAGCCAAUUGAUCUAAUGCAGUUUCUGAAGGCUUUCUAUACAGGUGAUGUCAUCCUUUUAGCUCUAUUCUCCUCCCACUCUCUUUCCUUCUUAUUAGAUAUUUCAUCUUACUGCAGAGCAUGGAAUCAAUAGGAGCUUCUCCUUAGGGAGCUGCUGUGAAACAGGCAAGGACAGUAGGAAUUAAAACACUAACAUAUAGUCUUGUUUUAGCAGAAGAUGUAGGGUUUUUGUAUCAUAUCCUAUAUAAAUUUUCAACCAGAAAAGCCAGAGUUAGAUCAACAUUACUGUCUUACUGAUGCAUUAGAACAAGAAGCAAUACUGCUGAGCUGUAAAUAGUGCAUGUGAAAAGAGAACAUUUUAAUUUUGGAGAUUUUCAGGCAUUCUCCAGGACAAACCUGUUAGAGCAUAUCUAUCUUUUAAGUACCAUUUGCUUGCUCAACGGUUGAUUUUUCUUUUUUUAAACCUUUGGUGAUUAAGAAUAUCAAGAAGAAACUUUCAUUUUAAGGAUACAGUGUUCUGGUUUGCUUCUGAUGCAGAAGAAAUACUGCAGUGCUUGCUCUACAGAAUGAAAUAAGUUGAAGAAGAGACAAAGCUGUGUUACAGAGAGGAAAGGUUUCUCAGGAUCCAGGAACACAGAUUUGGUGCAUGUUGCCUUAUUUGCGCUGAUUGAUACCGUAUUAACUGUUGUGUUACCGCUGUGCAUGUCUGUGCCAGGUGCCUGAGGAAGCAUGUGUAUGUCUGUAUGUACUGAGCCAGAAAUGUAAACAUCUUAAUUUGCUGUGAUUUGCUUGUUAAAAGUGAACCUUGUGAUGAAAACUGUUGCAGUUAUUUAGAACAAUACUCUGAGCUACUGAAAGCUCCUAAUUUCAGUGUGAAAGGGAUUUGGAGAUCUGGGAUCUGCCUUUAUAUAACACUGCAAAUGGCGUAUGAUUUGUAAAAAGAAACUUCAGAAUUUUGUCAUCAUACUCAUCCGUGUGGCUCUGGUUUGAAAAGGAAACUACCCUUUCCAGCCCAGGAAAUGGCUUUUCUUGUUCGCUGUUAUGCCAAUUGUCUUCAGCCAUGGGCCUCCAAACUUCCAGCCGAUCUUACCAAGAUGCACAUCACAGACAACCCUCAUCCACAGGUGACUCACGUGUCUUCUAGUCAGUCUGGUUGUAGUAUCGCCAGUGACUCUGGGAGCAGCAGUUUAUCUGAUAUCUACCAGGCUACAGAAAGUGAGGUAGGAGAUGUAGAUUUAACACGUCUUCCAGAAGGACCUGUUGAUUCUGAAGAUGAGGAAGAGGAAGAUGAAGAGAUUGAUCGAACAGAUCCACUACAGGGGCGAGAUCUUGUUCGAGAAUGUCUUGAGAAAGAACCUGCAGACAAAACUGAUGAUGACAUUGAACAGUUACUGGAGUUUAUGCACCAGCUCCCUGCUUUUGCAAACAUGACCAUGUCUGUAAGGAGAGAACUCUGCUCAGUAAUGAUUUUUGAAGUGGUAGAGCAGGCCGGAGCUGUUAUUCUGGAAGAUGGGCAAGAGCUUGACUCAUGGUAUGUUAUUUUAAACGGCACUGUAGAAAUCACUCAUCCAGAUGGAAAAGUUGAAAAUCUCUUUAUGGGAAAUAGUUUUGGAAUUACUCCCACUCUGGAUAAGCAGUAUAUGCAUGGAGUUGUUAGGACUAAAGUAGAUGAUUGUCAGUUUGUCUGCAUAGCCCAGCAGGAUUAUUGGAGAAUUUUAAAUCAUGUGGAGAAAAACACCCAUAAAGUUGAGGAAGAGGGAGAAAUUGUUAUGGUGCAUGAACACCGUGAACUAGAUCGGAGCGGAACCAGGAAAGGACACAUUGUAAUCAAGGCAACACCUGAACGUCUCAUCAUGCAUUUAAUAGAAGAGCAUUCCAUCGUGGACCCAACUUAUAUAGAAGAUUUCCUACUAACUUAUAGAACAUUUCUUCAGAGUCCUUUGGAUGUUGGGAUCAAACUGUUGGAAUGGUUUAAAAUUGACAGCUUAAGGGAUAAGGUAACACGGAUUGUGUUAUUAUGGGUAAACAAUCACUUUAAUGAUUUUGAAGGUGAUCCUGCUAUGACUCGAUUUCUGGAGGAAUUUGAAAAAAAUCUGGAAGAUACAAAAAUGAAUGGUCAUCUCCGGUUAUUGAAUAUUGCCUGUGCUGCAAAGGCCAAGUGGAGGCAGGUUGUGCUGCAAAAGGCUUCCCGGGAGUCCCCUCUGCAUUUCAGCCUUAAUGGAGGAAGUGAGAAGGGAUUUGGUAUUUUUGUUGAAGGAGUAGAACCCAGUAGCAAAGCUGCUGAUGCGGGACUGAAACGUGGUGAUCAGAUAAUGGAAGUAAAUGGACAAAACUUUGAGAACAUUACAUUUGCGAAGGCCGUUGAAAUUUUAAGGAAUAAUACUCACCUUGCACUUACUGUGAAGACCAACAUUUUUGUGUUCAAAGAGUUACUUAGUAGGACUGAACAAGAAAAAUAUGGAGUUCCUCAUAUUCCUAAAAUUGCUGAAAAAAAAAGUAAUCGCCAUUCAAUCCAGGAUGUACCAGGAGAUAUCGAACAGACAUCACAGGAGAAAGGAAAUAAGAAAAUAAAAGCAAAUACUGUUUCAGGUGGAAGAAACAAAAUCAGGAAAAUUUUGGAUAAAACUCGGUUUAGUAUCCUGCCUCCAAAACUGUUCAGUGAUGGAGGCCUGAGCCAGUCGCAAGAUGACAGCAUUGUGGGAACAAGACACUGCAGGCACAGUCUGGCUAUAAUGCCUAUUCCUGGAACACUCUCUUCCAGCAGCCCUGAUCUCCUGCAGCCUACCACCAGCAUGUUGGAUUUUUCUAAUCCUUCAGAUAUUCCUGAUCAAGUUAUAAGAGUUUUCAAAGCAGAUCAACAAAGUUGCUACAUUAUCAUCAGUAAAGACACUACAGCUAAAGAAGUUGUUUGUCAUGCUGUUCAUGAAUUUGGUUUGACUGGUGCGUCUGACACAUACUCUCUCUGUGAAGUUUCUGUUACUCCUGAGGGUGUCAUAAAACAGAGAAGACUUCCGGACCAGUUCUCCAAAUUAGCUGAUAGAAUUCAGCUCAAUGGAAGGUAUUAUUUAAAAAAUAACAUGGAAACAGAAACUUUAUGUUCAGAUGAAGAUGCCCAAGAACUAGUUAAGGAAAGCCAACUGUCCAUGCUGCAGCUCAGUACCAUUGAGGUGGCCACUCAGCUAUCAAUGAGGGACUUUGAUUUGUUUCGUAAUAUUGAGCCUACUGAAUACAUCGAUGACCUUUUUAAGUUAGAUUCCAAAACAGGAAAUACUCACUUGAAAGAGUUUGAGGACAUUGUUAACCAGGAGACAUUCUGGGUUGCUUCAGAGAUUUUAACUGAACCAAAUCAGCUCAAACGAAUGAAGAUUAUUAAGCAUUUUAUUAAAAUUGCACUUCAUUGUAGAGAAUGUAAGAACUUCAAUUCCAUGUUUGCAAUAAUAAGUGGCUUGAACCUGGCAUCUGUAGCACGACUCAGAGGUACUUGGGAAAAAUUACCAAGCAAGUAUGAGAAACACCUCCAGGAUCUACAAGACCUUUUUGAUCCAUCUAGAAACAUGGCAAAAUAUAGAAAUAUUCUUAGUAGUCAAAGCAUGCAGCCUCCAAUUAUUCCACUCUUCCCUGUUGUCAAGAAAGAUAUGACAUUUCUACAUGAAGGGAAUGACUCCAAAGUAGAUGGUUUAGUGAAUUUUGAGAAGCUAAGAAUGAUUGCCAAGGAAAUCCGUCAAGUUGUUCGAAUGACUUCUGCUAACAUGGACCCAGCUAUGAUGUUUCGACAGAGGAAGAAGAGGUGGCGGAGUCUGGGGUCAUUGAGUCAAGGCAGCACAAACUCUAACAUGCUAGAUGUUCAAGGAGGUGCUCACAAGAAAAGGGCACGCCGCAGCUCUCUGCUCAACGCCAAGAAGCUAUACGAGGAUGCCCAAAUGGCAAGAAAAGUGAAGCAGUAUCUUUCCAGUCUGGAUGUAGACACAGAUGAGGAAAAGUUUCAGAUGAUGUCAUUGCAGUGGGAGCCUGCCUAUGGUACCUUGACUAAGAAUUUCAAUGAGAAAAGAUCGGCCAAGUCAUCAGAAAUGUCUCCAGUGCCUAUGAGAUCAGCGGGCCAAACAGCUAAAGCACAUUUGCAUCAGCCUCACAGAGUGAGCCAGGCACUCCAAGUGCCAGCUGUUAAUUUGCACCCCAUCAGGAAGAAGGGACAAGCAAAAGACCCCGCCACAUUAUGUACAAAUUUACCUCAGAAAGUUUUAGGGACAACUGAAGAAAUAAUUGGUAAGAAACAUCCAGAAGAUACAAUCUCUGUGGCAUCAUCCUUACAUUCUAGUCCUCCUGCAUCUCCUCAAGGCUCUCCUCGCAAAGGUUGUACACUUAUGCCAUCAACUAAAUCUGACAACUUGUCUGACUCCAGCCAUAGCGAAAUUUCUUCACGAUCCAGCAUCGUGAGCAAUUGUUCUGUUGACUCCAUGUCGACAGCUCUACAGGAUGAACGGUGUUCUUCACAUGCUAUGGCGGUCCCUGAAUCCACUGGACCAUUGGAAAAAACAGAACACUCCUCAGGAAUAGGAGACCAUAGUCAGCUGGGCCCUGGGUGGACACUGUCAAAACCAUCUCUAGUCAAGAGUUUAGCUGUGUCAUCUUCUAUGAGUAAUGAAGAGAUUUCUCAUGAACAUAUCAUUUUAGAAGCAGCCGAUAGUGGUCGUGGAAGCUGGACUUCCUGUUCAAGCAGCUCCCAUGACAACUUCCAAAGCCUUCCAAACCCAAAAGGCUGGGAUUUUUUGAACUCUUACCGACAGACCCAUUUGGAUGGCCCCAUUGUUGAAGUUGAACCCCCUGACUGUGAGCCCUAUUCCUGUCCUAAAGGCUGCUCCCGAACUUGUGGUCAAUGUAAAGGAAGCCUAGAGACUAAUCAGAUGAGACAGAGUUGGGCCUCCUCCAGUUCUCUGUCUGACACAUAUGAACCAAACUAUGGGACAGUUAAAAGGAGAGUGUUAGAGAGCACCCCACUUGAGUCCUCUGAAGGCUUGGACCCCAAGGAUGGCACUGACCCAGUUUAUAAAACUGUUACUUCAAGUACAGAAAAGGGCUUGAUUGUGUACUGUGUCACCUCACCCAAGAAGGAGGAUAGGUAUAGGGAGCCACCUCCCACUCCUCCAGGAUACAUGGGCAUUUCUUUAGCGGACCUAAAGGAAGGACCCCACCUACACCUAAGACCUCCAGAUUAUAGUGUGGCAGUGCAGAGGUCAAAGAUGAUGCAUAGCAGCCUCUCUAGACUUCCACCAGCUUCUCUCGGUAGCAGCCCCGUGGCCUGUGUUCCAUCGAAGAUUGUAACUCAGCCUCAGAGGCAUAUUUUGCAACCAUCCCAUCCUAAACUAGCAGAUGUGACUGACGCAGAUAGCGAAACAGAUGAAAAUGAACAGGUCUCAGCAGUCUAGACUUUGGAGCACCCGUUUGAAGUUUACUGAAAGUCGUCGGGGAAGGAGUGGGUAGAACCAUGUCAUGAUUCUGCAGGCCAUUGCCAACAAAAAGCUUGCUGCUGCUGCUAAUCCAGAGGUUUCAUUCCCCAUACCCUGAGCAAUGAAAUAGCCCUGAGUUAUGCUUCCUUUUAUUUAAUCCUUGUAGAUGCAUAGUUUCUUCAGCUAUGGAUAUUGUGCCUGGAAACCAGUCUUCACUUCACACACCAGACCUGCCUUGGGACCACAGUUACUAGAACAGAUUCAAACUCAGAGUCCUCCCUGUGUAUAUCAGAUUUUUCUUGAAGAAGUUAUUUUUAAGAGAGUAGUGGUAGUAUUUCCAAGCCAUAGCUUGGGUUAAUGGACAAAUUGAAAAUGUCUGCCAAUACCAAGGAUACUCUUGUGUAUUUGAAAAGUAACUUAUUAUUUCAAGUUUUGUGGUUUUCUUUGUAUUGGGGAGCUACCAUUAGUGGAUGUUUAUGUUUUAGGCCAUAAAACUGUCUCUGGUCUGAACAAACUGAAGUCAUCUUUACAGGAUGAUAUGCUUAAUGUAUACAGAGAUGAACUUGAUCUGUUGCACCAGUGCAAGGUAGGGUCUCCGUUUGAGUGGGGAAGGAAGCCGUAUUUGUUUGAGGUGUUAGGAGGGAAGAUACUGCCAUCUGCUGAUUUGGAAGGCCAUAUGAAGAUGAAGCUGCCACAGGGUUUCUUAUCAGUCCUUUGGGAAAGGGAGGCUAUAAUUAGGUCGGUAGCCACCCUCAUCUCUAAAGAAUGAAGUUUUCCUUAAACAUGUAUACCAACCCUUUUUGAAGUGAAUGUCGUGCUGCAUCUACCUAAAAGUAUAAAUCCAGUAAGUAGGGAAUGGGUUCUAGAGAGUUCUGCAGAAACCCAAAACAAAAAUUUUUAAAUGCUCAAAUAAUGGAGUUCUUUUUUUAAGAAGGAAGUGCAAUCAUUGGUGUGUAAUCAUGGAGAUGAAUUAAGCUUUAUGUAAUGUUCUGCAACAUCCCCUCCACUCAAUCUCACAGCAUGAGGCUGUGUUCAUAAACCUUGCGGCCCCCACCUGCCUGCAACACAGCUCAUUAGUGUACCAAGGUAUUAAUUGGUUGAAAAUUUUAGUGGGGGACAGAGGAGCUAGAAUUAUGGGAAUGAUUCUCUCUUGGCUCUCAGUUUAAGCCCUUGAGAGGAAAGAGAUCUAUGUUUUAACAGUCUGUUGGGCAUGGCGCUCCUUAAUUGUUUAGUUAAAAUUUCCGUGACUGUUUACUGGGCGACCUAGACCUUACACAUUUUUACAAAUUAAAUACGGUGUUUUCUAUAUCUUAAGUUUAAAUUUAAUCAUGUUUUAAAAAUGUAAAUGCAGGUGAGAGCUUAAUUAACUUCUGUGACUACCAAAAAAAGAAAAAAAAAAAAAAAAAAGCCAAAGCCAUUCAUGUGCACUACCCAGAUCAACUUGGAGCCAAAAUGGGUUUACUUCUGAGUACUAGUUGUCUAUAUGUGAAUUUAUAGGAUUUAGCUGGUUUGUGAUUUCCUUUUCAAGACUGUGUUUCCUCUUUUUUUCCUAGCUGUCUCUUCUCUAUCUCCUUCCCUGCACUCCCCCACCCCAACCCUUGGUUUUUUGUUGUUGUUGUUGUUGUUGUUGUUGUUAAGUAGGCUUCAUGCCUUAGUGGAAUUUGAACUGUUGACCCUGAGGUUAAGAGUCACAUGCUCUACUGACUGAGCCAGUUAGGGACCUCUCCCACCCCAGUCCCCUUCGUUUUAAAAUCAUGAAUCAUUUCCAAGUGGUAAGUGGCAGUGGUCUAUCUUUUCUGCCAAAAUGAUUGUCUCUUCAUUUUAGGAAAAAUAGCCUAUCUGAAAACUUCCUUUGGGCCAAAAACAAAACAAAAAAAUGUCAAUCUGAAACUUAAAGCCUUAAAAACCUGCCCACCACCCCACCCCACCAGGUAUGUCAGAAUGAGGCUAAUUGGCUCUCUAGCUUUCUUGGUCUGUUGAAAUGGAAAAUGGCCUGGAUCAAAAAUCCUGGUUUAAAAGUCACACUGUAGUGAUUUAACCUAUAAAUACUGGUCCUUUGAUUACAAAAAAUGUUCCUUCACUGAUUUACACAGUAUUGUUUUCAUGUCCAGAGCCAAACAAAGAAAGAUACUUUUGUUAGUCAUUUUUUUUUGUCAAGUUUGAGUAUUUAUUCUAUUUUAUAUCCAUUUCCCCAGAAAAAAAAUGUGCUGUUUGUAAAAUAUCUGUUCAUUUGCAGGUGUUUGAAAUCAUAUGGGAGCCUUACCUGUCUUUGUCCUUAAUGGUGUCAAUAAUAUCUUGCACAGAGAGUCAGAGGCUGUGCUUUGGGACUGCACCUUGUAGCUGACUUUGUCUGUCUGGCUCCAGCUGUGAGUGUUUGAGUCAGCCAAUCACAGUGAUCAGGAACUAAAGCCAAAUGCUUUGUAUGUGGUAUGUGUGUAUCUCCUAAGAACUCAUGGAGUUUGGAUUUUUACAUUUUAAUUUUAAUUUAGGGAACACUUCUGCCUUCUCUUAGUUUGUUACAUGACUAGAACAAGAGAAGCCUUAACCUGUAUUUCCUCCAGUUCUCAAUCCCCAUUUGUUUUUGUUUUUAUUUUAAAAUUUUAAUGAGACUAGUGCCCUCAUCCCACCUCAACUCUAAAUCUGUCGGGACUUAAUGAAGUAGUAAAUCCUCAGUGCAAAGUUUCUACCAAAUAAGUUUCAACAAAACAGUUUCUUCAUAAUGAAAGAUUUGAACAAUGAAUCAAUCCAGUAUAUACUUCCAUAAAAGUUUAUCUUAAGUCGUAGAUUCUUAUUUCCUCCAAAUGAUUACUAUGAAUCUGAUCUUUGGGGAGAAAAAGACUUAACUGUUUUUUCAUGAGGGUGAUAAGUCACACUGUCGUCAUCUGUAUAGCCUCCUUGAGAAUCUCCCAGGCCGGGAAAUGAGGCAGUAAUCAUGAGGAUUCCCAAGAACAAACCUAAUUUUUAUAAAGUGUUCUCUUCUCUAUAAAAAGAAGGAGAGAAAGAGUUUCUUUGUAUAUUUAAAACAAUUACUGUUAUUCUGAUACAUUUUAAGUUUCUAAAAAAUGUGAUAUUAAAGUAGAUGUAUCCCGUUAGCAGUACCUUAAAGGCCAGAAAAAAGGGAUAAAUCUUCAAAAAAGUGUCACAGUACAUUUUCAAAUUUAAACUUGAACUCCAGUUCAUCUUCAGCUUUUGUUGUGCUUUUUUAAGGCUUCUUUAUUUUUGAUACACAGAAUGCAGUUGUACUUGACCUUUUGAAAUAGAAACAUGUGAGCUUAUCAGAAAAAGACAAAACAAAACUGCACAGUUGUAAUCGAAUGCAAUUAUACUGCACAAUUCAGUGAUUGUAAAGUAUCCUGUAAUGAGCAAUGUUUGUCUCCUAUUUUUUGAUACCUCUUAAACUUAUGUCUUUUAGAAAGACAGUGCCUCUGUAUGCUUUUUGUAUUUUUACUGAGUGUAAAUAUUUGUUAUAUUUUUGGUUAAGAGAAUGUAAAAGUACUGUUUAUUAUUAUCAUAUCUACUAAUACAUUGGUGGAAUCAAUAAAGAAUCUACAUUAACCUUC